AUGAGACUCAUCCUGCUUUUUGCUGCCCUCUGGGGACACAUCUACUGUCGAAAGGCGUUUGUGGGAGACCAAGUUCUUGAGAUCAUACCGAGCAAUGAAGAACAAAUUCAAAAGCUGGUGCAACUAGAGGCUGAAGAACAUCUCCAGCUUGACGUCUGGAAAUCACCCACCACCCCAGGGGCCGCCAUGCAUGUCCGGGUUCCCUUUGUCAGUGCCCAGGCUGUCCGAGUCUUCUUGGAGUCCCAGGGAAUUGCUUAUUCCAUCAUGAUUGACGAUGUUCAGGUUCUGUUGGACAAAGAGAAAAAAGAAAUGGAACUGAAUCGGAGAAGAGAACGGAAUGGGAACUUCAAUUUUGGUGCCUACCAUACCUUGGAAGAGAUUUAUCAGGAAAUGAACAACCUUGUGGCGGAGCACCCGGGGCUAGUGAGCCAAGUGCGCAUCGGCUCUUCCUUCGAAAACCGGUCCUUGAACGCGCUCAAGUUCAGCACCGGAGGUGACAAGCCGGCCAUCUGGCUCGAUGCGGGGAUCCACGCACGAGAGUGGGUUACACAAGCUACUGCGCUGUGGAUAGCAAAUAAGAUCGCCUCCGACUACGGAAGUGAGCCGUCCGUCACGUCCAUCCUGGACACCCUGGACCUCUUCCUGCUGCCCGUCACGAACCCUGACGGCUACGUGUUCUCGCACACCGAAAAUCGAAUGUGGCGCAAGACGCGGUCCCAGGCGUCCGGAAGCUUCUGCGUCGGCGUGGAUCCUAACCGGAACUGGGACGCGGGAUUCGGAGGCCCUGGAGCCAGUAGCAGCCCUUGCUCUGAUUCCUACCAUGGACCCAGUGCCAACUCAGAAGUGGAAGUGCAAGCCAUAGUGGAGUUCAUCAAGAAUCACGGCAAGGUCAAAGCCUUCCUCACCCUGCACAGCUAUUCCCAGCUGCUCAUGUUCCCUUACGGCUACAAGUGUGCCAAGCCAGAGAGCUUCGAUGAGCUGAAUGAAGUAGGCCAAAAAGCUGCCAAGUCGCUGGCCAGUCUGUAUGGUACCAAGUACGAAGUGGGACCGAUCUGCUCAGUUAUCUACCAAGCCAGUGGCGGAAGCAUUGACUGGUCCUAUGAUUUUGGCAUCAAAUACUCAUUUGCCUUGGAGCUGAGGGACACGGGCCGCUAUGGCUUUCUCCUGCCAGCCGCACAGAUACUGCCCACGGCCGAAGAGACCUGGCUUGGCUUGAAGACCAUCAUGGAGCAUGUGCGGGACCACCCCUACUAGGGGUGUGGAGAUGAGCACUGGCUCUGCAGCGGAGCAGGACAACGGUCGUUCCUGUUGGGACGCUCAUCUGGGCCCUCCGGUUCUUCUGUUUUUGCAAGCCACUCCACUGUUCCCCUUCAUUAUCCUCAAAAAAAAAAAUAAAGAAAAAAAAAGUCAUCCCAA